GGUCCAAUUCAUCCGAUCUACCAUCUCUCUCUACUGCGCGUCUCUCAGCCAGACGGUCGUACGCUAGAUUGCUCUCUCCGUUUCCAGCUCCUCUCCCCCUUAGGUCGGACGCAGUCUACACCACGCCGUUCGUCUAAUGUCCUGAGAAGUGAAUAGAUCAAGCUUAGAAAGUUAGAGGGUGUUCUUGAGUUCCAAGAAGAAACAUGCCUUCAUGGUGGUCAAAGUCAUCCAAGGAAACAAGGAAGAAAGUGAACAAAGAAAGUUUCAUUGACACACUACAGAGAAAGUUUAAAAGCACAUCUGACAGUAAGUGUUCCAUUAAGCCCGGUGGAUCUCAAAGGCGUAGUGAUACCACAGUAUCAAGAUCAACAUCACCUUCCAAAAAUGUACAAAGAUGUCAAAGCUUUGCUGAGCGGCCAGUAGCACAACCACUUCCUCUUCCAGGCCUUCAUUCUGCAAGGGUUGUCCGCACAGACUCUGGAAUCAUCAGCUCAUCAAGAACAAAGCCAAAACUGGAGAAGGGAUCAAAGGCAUCCCUUUUUCGGCCUCUACCCAGGCCUGCAUGCAUCAGAGGGAGAUUGGAUCCUGCAGAUGCAGACGGAGAAUUGGCUGUUGCGUCUAUGUCAAGUGGAUGCUCUGUUGAGAGUGAUGAUUUGACCGACUCACGUCUGCAUAGUCCGCUGGCUUCUGAUUAUGAAUUUGGGAGUAAAACUGCCACUGGUAGCCCAUCCAGUUUGAAUGUAAAGGAUCAAUCCCCUAUGGGGCAAAUAAGUUUAAGAGGGGAAGCUGUGCCAGUCAAUCUUUCUGCUAGUAGAAAUGUCCCAUCUUCAUCUCCUAAAAGGAGGCCUCUAAAUAGUCAUGUGCCUAAUAUUCAAGUUCCUUGCCACAGUGCAGCUUUUUGGAGUGCUCCAGAUAGUUCGAUGUCCAGUCCAUCUAGAAGUCCCAUAAGAGCUACUGGCAAUGAACAACCUCUAUAUUCCACAUUAUUGGCUGUGGGAAGGACCUAUCCUGAUCUUCAUUUGUUUGGUGGUUCUGGUUGUUGUUCAAGUCCAGGUUCAGGCCAGAAUUCGGGUCAUAAUUCAAUGGGUGGGGAUAUGUCUGGACAGUUGUUUUGGCAGCCCAGUAGAGGAAGCCCAGAGUAUUCUCCAAACCCUAGUCCGAGAAUGAGAAGUCCUGGACCUAGCUCCAGAGUUCAAAGUGGGGCUGUCACACCAAUACACCCAAGGGCCGGAGGUGGUUUGCCCGAGACCCAAUCCGGCUGGACCGAUGAUGGGAAACAACAAAGUCAUCCAUUGCCCCUUCCUCCCUUAACAGUGUCCAACUCUUCUCAUUUUUCUCACUCAAAUUCAGCCGCUGCAUCCCCAUCGGUGCCUCGAAGUCCUGGUAGAGCAGAGACUUCAACUAGCAAUGGUUCACGCUGGAAAAAGGGAAAAUUGCUUGGUAGAGGCACGUUUGGACAUGUUUAUGUUGGUUUUAACAGUGAUAAUGGAGAAAUGUGUGCUAUGAAGGAGGUUACAUUAUUUUCUGAUGAUGCAAAAUCCAAGGAAAGUGCUAAGCAGUUGGCCCAAGAGAUCUCACUACUGAGCCGGUUAAGGCAUCCAAAUAUUGUACAGUAUUAUGGAUCAGAAAUGGUUGGUGAUAAGCUGUAUAUAUAUCUAGAAUACGUAUCUGGUGGCUCCAUUUAUAAGCUCUUACAAGAUUAUGGGCCAUUUGGAGAAACAGCAAUCCGUAGUUAUACCCAGCAAAUCUUAUCUGGACUUGCAUAUUUACAUGCUAAAAAUACUCUCCAUAGAGAUAUCAAAGGAGCAAAUAUUCUUGUGGAUCCAAAUGGACGCAUCAAGUUGGCUGACUUUGGCAUGGCAAAGCAUAUUACAGGGCAGUCGUGUCCGUUGUCUUUCAAAGGAAGCCCUUAUUGGAUGGCUCCUGAGGUUAUUAAGAAUUCUAAUGGCUGCAACCUCGCUGUUGAUAUAUGGAGUCUUGGGUGCACAGUGUUAGAAAUGGCCACAUCAAAACCGCCUUGGAGCCAGUAUGAAGGGGUUGCUGCAAUGUUUAAGAUUGGGAAUAGUAAAGAACUUCCAACAAUUCCGGAGCACAUAUCAGACGAGGGCAAGGAUUUUAUCAUGAAAUGUCUGCAGCGUGAGCCACUCAACCGUCCUACUGCUUCUCAGCUUUUAGACCAUCCAUUUGUCAAAAACGCUGCGGCUACAGAAAAGCCCAUUAUUGCCCAAUCCCAAUCUGAUCCUCCAUUUACCGCCACGAAUGGCCGACCAAUGCCUCUGGGCAUUGCUCAAAGGAGAAAUAUUCCUAAUUUUGAACCAGAAAGACUUGCUAUCCAUUCAUCGAGGGUAUUUUCAAAAUCCGCUUUCCAAUGCAGUGAUAUCCAAAUCCCGAGGAAUAUUAUCUCUUGCCCGGUUUCUCCACUUGGUAGCCCUCUAUUACAUCCUAGAUCUCCCCAACAACGUCUAAACAAUGGAAGGAUGUCACCAUCACCGAUAUCAAGCCCUCACAACACCUCAGGUUCAUCCACACCCCUCUCUGGAGGUGCAAUCCCUUUUCCUCACUUCAACCAGUCUUCCGUCUACAUGCAAGUUAAUAGCACUGCCGUCCCGUAUUGGGACCCCGAUGCCUUCAGGGGGAUGCAAUCAACAGGAACUAACAACAAUUGUAAUAACAAUAAUAAUAACAAUAAUAGUGCCUCUGGAACUUUCCGGGGGGAUAUGAUGACACAAUGUGAAAAUGAUGGGAAGCAGGCGGCAUUGGCUAACCGCGUGUCGCAGCAACUGUUUGGUGGUCAUCAUCAUAACGAUAAGUCAAAUCCGUCAUUAUUAGAUCUUAAUCCUUUCCCUGCUCCCUUAUCAGCAGGCCGCACAGGUGGUUCAUGAGAACACUUGUUUGUUUAGUGGGUUUUUCUUCAUAGUUGGGGUUAAUCAAUUGUAAUGGUGAUUUGAAAUAAGGGUUAACUGACGUGAGGAAUGAUUCUAUGGAGAUUCCUUUGUCGUUUUUGUUUGUCACUUGAGGAUGUGGAUAACGCUUUUGUGGCUGGAAUGAAGGAGUGAGAAGAGCCAAUUGUGUUGGAGUGUGACGUGGACCCCACCAACCCCUCUGCGGGUUUGUACAAAGUUUGGUUGAUAAAGAUUGGGUUGGGUUAUUCUUAACUGGGAUCCACUUGCUGAUUCAUUGAUGAUCCGCUUUGCUUUUGGGGGAUGAAGAUGGUUGCUUCCAUUAAUCCAGUUAGCAGCUUCUUACUACCGGUCAGACGGUUCUUGUAUUAAUCAUUGUACAUUAAGUGUCAAUACGAGAUUAAUGAUGAUUAAGAACAUCUGAUAUUGACCAUGUGCGAUUCUUUUUUGGGUUUUCUAGGGGAGUCGGGUCGGGUUGCAGAUCGUAGGCUUCUGUACAGAGAUAGCAGUAAGUGAAAAGAAUUCUGGACUGGGCAGAUUGAGCAAAUAACAAUCACUCAGGAGAUGAUUUAUUCCAUUUUAUUUAUUUUCUGAGUCUCUGUUUAUUUUCUUUAAUUUUCACUCGAUUUACAUUUUU